UCUCUUCAGUAAAAGCAAAGAAAACUCCAACCUAAAAUCGCCAUCAACUAUAUUUUCUUCUCUUUCUCCACCUCAUCCAUACAUCUAUCCACCGGUGUUCUUGUUCCCUGCCACCAAUAUGGAGCCUCAAACCCCAACAAGAGAUCAUCGCUCCUCCGUAGACGCUUCUCGCCCUUUUAGCUCCGUUAAAGAAGCUAUUGCCAUCUUCGGUGAGCGGAUUCUCGUUGGAGAAAUAUACUCUCCAAAAUGCUACACCUUCACUCCUCCUAAAAGGGAAAAUGUAUUGUCAUCAAAGUAUUCGUCGAGUCCUGAAAGUUGUCAAUUGAAUCAGAAUUACCCGCGCCAUGAAAAUCAUAGUCAGAAUUAUGGACCUAACGUUUUGGAAGCCCUCAGGAAGCUCAAGGCGGAGCUUGAGAAUACAAAGGCGGAGUUGAAGGUGCUGAAGGAGAGAGAAUCCGAAACUGAGAUUCUGUUGGCUUCGCUAAACGCCGAGCUCCACAAGAACAUGUCUAAGUUGGCUGAAGUUGAGGCGGAGGCCGCAAAGAAGGCAGUGGCAAGUUUUGAGACCUCUAGGGAGGAAGUAAUCAGAGAAGAAGAGAUGAGAAAGGAGUUGAUGAAGAGAAUGGAGAACAAUCAGACUUUGGCUCACAUAUUGAGCAUUGGGAAGGAGGAAGGUAUCUUCGGAGGAAGGAGAGAGAGGAAGAUGAAGAAGAAGAAGCCGAUUGUUCCUCUGAUUGGAGACUUUUUCAAGAGAAAAGGGUCACCAACUGCUUUUCACAGUUCUCUCUAUGAGUCUCCAGAUAAUGUCUACUUCAAUUGAGAAUGUUUUAAUUGUGUUAUCUUUCACGAAUUAAUUAUUGUAUUUUCCUCUAUUUUGUCCAUAAAAGUUUCUUAAUUACUUAGAUCAAAGUUCUGUAUUAAGAGUAUGCAACAGGCGGAUAAUAUAUAAGUUGUCAAUUA